AUGAUUACCCGCAAGAAACCAUCAAUCAUAAUCCUAGGAGACCUAAUCCUGAACCAAGAUCUCCACGGCAAAGCAUCCCACCUAUCCCCAGAUGCCCCAGUCCCUGUCCUCGCACAAACAAAGAUAAUCUCCACCGUCGGUGGCGCAGCAAACAUCGCCAAAAACCUGGCCGCCCUCGAAGCAAAAGUAACACUAAUCGGAAUAACCGGCCAAGACGCCCAGGGCCAAGAAAUUCGCUCAAUCCUGCACGACUGUGGCAUCUACAAUAUCGCCCUCGUGUACGAUGGACGCCCUACAACAUCCAAGACCCGCAUCCUCGGUAACGAACAACAUAUCGUCCGCAUCGAUCGCGAAGAUACGACGUCAAUAUCGGAUGAAUGCCAAGAUAAAGUGUUAGAGAUUGUUCGACGAUGUCUGCCAAGUGUCGAUACUGUCCUCUUGGCUGACUGCGAGAAAGGAUUCUUUAAUCCAACAUUGCUCGCCCAGAUCAUAGGGUUGGCCGGCGCGGCGGGGAAACGGGUUCUUGUCGAUCCUUCCGGGUGGGACUUUGCUCGGUACAGUGGGGCGAGUGUUCUCCUGCCUAGUCUUGUGGAAUUGGGUCGUGCGUUUGGGACUGAGAUUGCGAUUGAUGAUGCUGUUCUUGUUGAUCGUGCGGCGCGGUGUGUACUUCUCUCGACUGGAGCUGAGGCUGUUGUUCUUUCUUGUGGGGAGAAGGGUGUCUGGGUCUAUCAGAGGGGGAUGAAGACUAUCAUUCCGGCGGUUGAGUGUGCCGUUGUCGACGUCAGCGGGGCUGAAGAUAGUCUCGUUGCGGCUUUUACGUGGAUCCUAUCGCGCGGUGAUACUAUUCUUGACGCGGCUGUGAUCGGCAAUCUGGCUGGUGCUCUUGCUGCGUCGAAGGAUGGGGGUGUCUCUAUUACCUCCGCGGAGUUGAAGGUGUAUGUUGAGAUACCUGAGCCGAAGACCUCUAGCAAGAUUGUCAGCCGACUGGAACUGGUGGAAAAGAUCGCGCAUGCAAAGGCGGCGGGGCGUCGCGUAGUUUUUACUAGUGGAUAUUUCGAUCUCCUCCACUCCGCCAUCGACUUACUUCAAGGGGCGAAAGCAAUGGGCGAUCUUCUGGUUAUUGGGCUCAAUUCCGACGACCGUCGAGUCGGGGCAGGCGGACCCAUCGUUCCUGAGCUGCAACGGGCCAAACUGUUAGCCGCGCUAGGCUGUGUUGAUUAUGUGGUCCCAUUCACCGAGGAAACGCCGUUGGCACUUAUCGAGGCCAUCCGACCCGACAUCCUCGUCCAAGGUGCAAAUUAA